GAUAAGGAUCAAAGGCAGGUAAAGGACACGCGAUGGCACGAAGGAGGACCUUCCUCGAGGAUCGCCCGCUGAGGAUCGAGCCGCCAAGGGAAGUGGCUGGCGGCAUAGAAGUCAUCCUACCCACCAUAAAUGAGAUCCGGCACCCGGUGGUGGAUUGGGUCGGGGUCGAGCUUACGGAAAACACGGUUUACCUGGUGACCAAGGUUGAAUGGCGUACGGACGGGGAUGGCGAGUGGAAUCCGGACCUGCGGGGACAUGUGCGUGCGGAAGGAUGGUUGUAUAUGUCGGAGGAUGGAUGGUGCACGUUCGGAAUCCUACUAGCGUCAGGGGAAGAUCCGAUAAACAUGUUCGAAGGAGGAUGGCAGUUAGUGUGGCAAGGGGGGUUCGAGUUUGCAGACCCGGAGUUCGACGACGUAACAGCGGACCUUAGGGUGACCAUGACUGGGAGUUUCAAUCUGCCUAGUGAGAAUGUUCGAAUGAAAUUGUCAUCCUUCUUACUGGAAAAGUUGGGCGGUCUGGAUCUUGUCAGGCGAGCAGUGGCCGAUCUCGCCAACCUGACGUUUGAGGAAGCGACGGUCCACCGGGAAUACUACCGGGCCUUCCUAGAAAUGGGGCCGUUCGACGGUGAGCAGAGGUACGAGGUGUUGCGUGUACUGCGCGCCGUAUUCACCACAAAGCCUAGAGUUCCAGUUGUUAGCGAUGAGGAAGGAAGGAACAAGGAAAGGUCGAGUCCGAGAAACUCAGAUGGGGUCAUAUCCAAGAAAAUGAAACUUUCGGAUGCACGACGUAAGUUGGCAGAAAUAGAAAAGCGAACCGUGGAGUAUAAGGCAAAACUUAUUGAGGAAAUAAUGGCUAGGAAUGGAAGGGACCUUCCGGGGGAUGAGCUACGAGAGGAGCGUAGGACCAGCCAGGGCGAAAUCGGGCACGGAGGGAAGGAUAAUAGCCACAGGAGGACGCCUAGCAAGAAAGGGAAGGAGAAAGGGGAUUCCCCGGGCAUAGAAGCGGAAAAAGCUACGAACAUGCCUUCCAUAGACAGUGGUGCUAGUCGCUUGCCUGCCGCCCCGAAAAUAACAAAGGGGUGCGACGGACUUUGGAGUCUCAGAGAAAGGGUGUUAGGAUGGUUCGAUCCGGAAGGAACAACAAAAACCGGAGAGAAGCAGAAGGAUAGUAAGGAAGGAGAAGGGACCAGUACGGCUGGCGAAACAGGUAGUUCCGAGGGAGGUCUCAAGAAAAUAGUAUCCACCCUUACUCGGGUAUUGAACAAAAAUCAGGGGUACAUCGCGGAUGCCAAGAGGAAACUCACCUUCGAUGGGGCGGAAAUUACGGAAUUCCUAAUAGACUACGAGAAUCUAGCGGCCUUGUUGAAAUGGAGCGAGGAGGAAAAGAUGGACCAUUUAGGGCAGCAUGUGUCACUUAGCCUAGGGAGAGAUAUAAUGGUCAUCGUCGCCGCCAGCGGAUCCUGGAAAGAGACCCGAAAUGAGAUGAUGAGAAAAUACCUAAAGGCGGAGAAAAUGGCAACAAAAGUUGAAUUGGCAACCGAUCAGAGGAAGAAGUAUGCAACUUACAACGACUUCCUGAGGGCAUUUACUCUAGUGGCGUUACGGAUUUCCGGGGUAACGGACCAGAUCAUGAGCAAGUACUUUCUUAGGCAGUUCUCCGAGUUCGACAAGGAUAAGAUUCUAUCGGCCUACCAACAGACCAGCAAGUUUAAGUACACAAGGGACGUUGACUUCAGCACCGUAACAAACCUCGCAGAGAAGACAAUGGUAACCGAGACAUUAGCCUUGCUUAAGGAAGGAGAAGGCAUAGACUUGACUGGAAAGACGGGAGACAAGGUGAAGAAGGGGAUAGAAAACCUGCACGAACGAGUACACGGGGUUGAUAAUAAGAUAGAAAGGGUGGAAAACACACUAUUGGUAAUGCAGGCGCAAGUAUUCCGACCCGCCCUCCCGCCCGAAGAGGCCGUGGUCCCGGCAGCAGUAGCCAACUGAGGGUACAACAGGAAAGAUCCGACCAAUGAGCAAUGCAGAUAUUGCACGAUGGUUGAACACUUUGUGCGAGUCUGCCCCAAAC